UUAUGUAGUUUGGAUAAAUUGAUUAGUACAGAAGAUCUUUGAUUACAGUAAGAGAAGGGUUUCUCUCUACAUGGGGACCAUGGAUCCAUGCCCUGCAGGAGUUAACUAACUAACUCCAGAAGAUGGCAGUAGUUCAGCCUUGAGGAUGCAAGCUGACGUUAAAACCCAAAGAAGAAGACAUUCGCUCUAGCUCGUCGCGCAUACUGACAGUGGGUAGAGGCGUUAUCGCAGACAGCUGAAUCCCCCCCUAUUCCCUCCCAGCAUGGCUGCAGACUCAAUGGAGAUUGACGACUCUCUUUACAGCCGCCAGCGAUAUGUGUUGGGAGACAGUGCUAUGCACCAGAUGGCCCAGUCCUCAGUCUUUCUCAGUGGAAUGGGAGGACUGGGAAUUGAAAUGGCAAAGAAUAUUGUCCUGGCUGGUGUGAAGGCAGUCACCCUUCAUGACACAAAGCAGUGUGAAACCUGGGAUCUGGGCUCCAACUUCUUUAUCCGCCAAGAGGAUGUGUUGAGCCAGAGAAGAAGAGUGGAGGCAGUGUGCCCUCGGGUCGCAGAGUUGAACCCUUAUGUCCAUGUAGACAUGUCUUCCUCUGCUCUGGCCGACAACACUGAUCUCAGCUUUCUUGGAAAGUAUCAGUGUGUGAUUUUGACGGAAGCCAGAUUGAGCCUACAGAAGAGAGUGAAUGAGUUCUGCCACUCACAACGACCCCCCAUCAGAUUUAUUGGCUGUGAUGCUUAUGGCAUCUGUGUGCGGGUGUUUUGUGAUUUUGGAGAGGAGUUUGAAGUGUCAGAUCCUACAGGGGAGGAGCCCAAGGAGAUUUUCAUCCAAAGUAUCACUCAGGACAAUCCUGGGGUGGUAACCUGCAUGGACAACCAACCCCAUGGCCUACAGACAGGCCAGAGUGUUGUUUUCAGAGAGGUCAAUGGCAUGGUGGAGGUCAACGGCACCACACAGCCAGUUUCAGUCCUUUCCCCUUACAGUUUUUCAAUAGGAGACACAUCCCAACUACAACCAUAUGCACAUGGAGGUUUCUUUGUUAUGGUGAAAACCCCCAAGACAUACAGAUUUGAGACAAUGGAGAGACAGUUGUGUGACCCUCAGGUCCUGACUCCAGACUUCAGUAAACCAGAGGCCCCACUACAGAUCCAUGCAGCCAUGUUGGCUCUAGACACCUUUCAGGAACAGCACAGUAGACUUCCCAACACUGGGUGUUUACAGGAUGCUGAGGUUUUACUAAAGCUAACUGAGGAAGUGAAUGCAACUCUCAGAAACAAAGCUCCUGUGAAUACUGAGUUGGUGCGCUGUCUGUCGAGAACAGCGAGGGGAACUCUUCCUCCGUUGGCAGCAGCUGUAGGAGGACUAGCCAGCCAGGAAGUUCUAAAGGCCAUCACAGGGAAGUUUGCACCACUGCAGCAAUGGUUUUAUCUUGAUGCCAUUGAGGUAGUCAGGCCACUUCAGUCUGUUUCUGCUGAGGACUUUUUCCCAAGGGGCGAUCGGUAUGAUGGAUUACGAGCUUGCAUCGGUGAAUCAAUGUGUGUAGAACUGCACAAGCUCAGGGUCUUCAUGGUGGGCUGUGGCGCCAUAGGCUGUGAAAUGCUAAAAAACUUUGCCCUGCUUGGAGUGGGAUUGGCCAAGAGCUCAGGAGAGGUAUGCAUCACAGACCCAGACCUUAUAGAAAAGUCCAACCUCAAUCGGCAGUUUCUCUUCAGACCACAUCACAUACAGAAACCGAAGAGUACCACCGCAGCAGAAGCCACUCACGAUAUCAACCCAGACCUGCAGGUAGAUGCUCACCUAAACAAGGUGUGUCCUGCUACUGAGAGCAUCUACAAUGACUCCUUCUACUCCCGCCUGAACCUAGUGGUCACCGCGCUGGAUAACGUGGAGGCACGGAGAUAUGUAGACAGCCGCUGUUUGUCCAAUCAGAGACCUCUCCUGGACUCUGGUACCAUGGGAACUAAAGGACACACAGAAAUCAUUGUGCCAAAUUUGACAGAGUCCUACAAUAGCCAUAGGGACCCCCCAGAAGAGGAGAUCCCAUUCUGCACGCUCAAGUCUUUCCCUUCUGUUAUAGAGCACACCAUUCAAUGGGCCAGAGACAAGUUUGAGAAUUUGUUUGUCCACAAGCCCUCUAUGUACAACUCGUUCUGGCAGACCCACUCCUCGGCUGAUGUGGUGCUACAGAGGAUGCAGGCGGGGGAAAGUCUGGAGGGAGCAUUCCAGGUCAUUAAGCUGCUAAGCAAACGCCCUAGCCAGUGGGAACAUUGCAUCACUAUUGCCCGUCUGAAAUUCGAAAAGUAUUUCAAGAGAAAGGCCCUACAACUGUUGCAUUCUUUCCCCCUGGACACAAGGUUAAAAGACGGAAGUUUGUUUUGGCAGUCCCCAAAAAGACCUCCAGCACCUUUUGAUUUUGACUUGAACGACUCUUUGCACUUCACUUUCAUUGUCAGCACUGCCCGGCUCUUUGCAGGGAUUUAUAACAUCUCUUACUCAGAAAAGGAUCUCUCUGAAGAGGCAGUGACAAGGGUUCUCUCAGAUGUCAAGAUCCCCGAGUACAGGCCCUCAGAGAAAUGUAUAGAGACCAAUGAGGCAGCAAAGAAGCCUGAUUCAAUGAAGAUGCCUCUAAGCAGUGAAGAGGAGAGGGAGGCCAUCGCACAGCUGGAGCAGGCCAUUGCUACUGACAGUGUUACAGCAGAGAGGUUACAGGUGAGUCCACUACAGUUUGAAAAGGAUGAUGACAGCAACGGCCACGUGGACUUUGUCACAUCAGCAUCUGCUCUCAGAGCUCGAAUGUAUGCCAUUGAGCCAGCUGACAGACUCAAGACCAAACGAAUCGCUGGCAAGAUCAUCCCCGCUAUUGCCACGGCAACAGCUGCUGUGGCUGGACUGGUUGCCCUCGAGUUGAUCAAGGUGGUUGGAGGCUACGAAUUUGAAUCUUUCAAAAACUGCUUCUUUAACUUGGCCAUCCCUGUAGUGGUGCUCACUGAGCCUGCCCCAGUUAAACAGUCACUCAUUAGGGACAACAUUUACUUCUCCAUCUGGGACUGUUGGACUAUCUUUGGCCAUGAGGACUUCACUCUCUCUGACUUCAUGAAUGCAGUGAGGGAAAAGUAUGGAAUUGAACCCACUAUGGUCGUCCACGGUGUGAAGAUGCUCUAUGUGCCUGUGAUGCCUGGACACUCAAAGAGACUCAAACUAACGAUGCAGAAGCUGAUCAAGCCAUCAGUGGACCGCCGCUACGUAGACCUCACUGUGUCAUUCGCUCCAGAGGCAGAUGGAGACGACGACCUCCCUGGUCCCCCCGUCAGGUACUUCUUCAGCCGCAAUGGAGAGACACCUUGACAACUUCCUAGAUGUCGUCCUCAAACCUCUUGUGUCCUUACUUCCCUUCUUUCAUGUCAAUUGUUGUACUCCAAUAACCUGGGCCAUGGCCAAGAGUUUUCUUCAGGAUGUUCUCUGACAAGGGCAAAGCUCCUGGCCCCCCCAACACCAGCCCCGCCUGUGCGUAAUGGAGCAAGACGAGGCCAGUCCUGGUCCCAAUUUUUCUUGCCCCAGAUCUAGCCAACACGAGGCUGCUUGAGUAGCACUUAACUGCACCUGUGUACAUAUAUUUUCUCGGUUCUGUUUUCUACUCUGGUGAAAUGCACAGCUCUGCCUGUGUCAAUGCCUUAAUUGUUUAAAAACCAUUUUCUGUUUGUGGCAGUGAGUCUGACUAAAAACUGUUUAAAGAAACCUGCAUACUCUUAACACACAACCCCGUUAGUCUAAUUUCUGUUUUAAGUCUGCUAAGCCCUAAGGGGGAUGGUGGUAGGACUGUCGGGGCGGUGAAGUGGAUUUGUAGUUGGUAAGAAUCACACCUUCUCCUUCCUCAGAGUCCUCUCAUUGGCUUUGCAAUUAUUGCCAACCACAGAAUUAGCCAGAUGUUGGCCAUCUCCCUUUUAUAGAAACAUGUCAAGCCAAUAUUGUUGUAUAAUUUAGAGGUGCAAAAGGUCAGUGGACAAUGGCGAAACCACCAAAGAUACUGAUUAUCAUUGUGUCUGCAGAUGAUUGUUCUCUUUUAUGAUCACCUUGACUGCCUCAUAAACACACAUUGAUAUUAUGGGCAAUAAUUAUUACCCAAACAUUAUAGCGCAACACACACUGGCAGCAUCUUGACUUGCUUCAUCAGUUUGAUGCACGUCAAUAUUUUGGAAUAUGUCACUGUCCUAUUGACGAGCAUCAACUCUUCAGAUGAGCAGCAAUUUUAUUACAUUGCUCCCCAGUCAAUUGACAUGCAUCAAAUAAAACAGCAGACGUAGCUGCUAGUCUUACCUAUCAUGUUAAAUACUUAGGUGAUGACAGCAUUGACAUCAGUUAAAACCUUUGAGUAAACAAUAGGUUCUUUAGAUUAAGUAAUGGCGUGAGUUCAAUGGCCGUUUCACACAGAAAAAGCCAUUCUUUUGACAGACAUGAAACCUCUGUACCACCAUCUGGGAUCGCACUCCUGUUUCUAAAACACCCUUUUUUUUUGUUUUUAAACAAAACCUGUGCUGUUCCUGAUUUAUUUUUUUGCAUUUGUUUAUGGAUGUGUGUCCAUGACAUGUAUUUAUUUACUUGUUACUCAUUUUUGUGUCAAACUGAGCCCGUGUUGAAGAGCUCUGUGGUGUCAUUGUGCACUGGUUAAUUGUGAAGUGUUAAAAAGUAAAUAAUUCUUCUUAUUUAGUUCCAGGGUCUAUACGGUAUGCAUUGGCUUAUAUUGGCAAAGUCAAUGUAGUUUUGAAUGGAAUCAUUUAAAAAUAUAUAUUUUUUUGUAUUAUGAAGAUCCACCUGAAGAUAGUCAAUUAAGGCCAAAGUCACACAAAAUUGCUUCCUCGACCACGUUUAUUCCCAUAACUGAAGGUGGUGAAUUUCCCUUUGCACAGAAAAUGUUGUAUCCUAUUGACAACACUUCUUGUGCGUUGAAUGUCAUAAGUGUUAAACAAAAUGUUAACGUGACAAUGAUAAUGAUGUAUGUUCCUGUGACCGACAACUCAACCAAUGGUCCAAUAAAAUGUGAGAUUUCAGGAUGUCCUCAAGACUACA